GUUGCGCCGCGAGCAGCGUGCGGCGGAGGAUGGGAGAGAGUCCAGGAAAAGACAUUUCGAAUUUGAAUCGCUUGCUUGCAAGUUGCCAAAACUCUCCCGGGCCUGCCCCCACACAACUUCCUUACCCCUCUCGGCGCGCUCUGAAUAUGUCCUCUGCUCUGACGGCACAAGAAGCCAAGCCACGCGGGGCAAACCGAUCAACCAAGGCAGCGGGAAAGCUCAAGGUGCUCCCUGAGCAACCAGACGAGGUUGCCAACCGCACGCUAGACGCCGUUGGCCCAGUAGGCCUCAAGGAAAUUGCAGAGGCAGAUGGAAGCACGGGGACCACCGGGGACUCUGAUGAAGCUGACGUCGAAGACGACGACGAGCCCGAGGUCUACAACCAGCUAUCCCUCAUCCCGGACGGGACGGCCAAAAGAGAUGCGCGUAAGCUGACGAAGGCAAAGGCCAAGUCGCUCCCCAGAGUCACCGCGUACUCGACAGCCAGUUCGUAUCGCAUGAAGCCAUUACUAGAGUUCUUGAAUGCGAGAAGGACCGCGUACAGCACGAACGCGAAGGUCAUCGACGAAUGCAUAUACACGCCUUACAUGUACAGACCGUCGACUGCCAGCGACCGUAGCUCUACUCUGAUGGGGUCAUCUCCUCCUCCGAAGGCUCAGUCGCAGACCGGCGACUUGCUCGGGAUCCCCGAGCUGCAUCAAGAGGAUGAAGAGUCGCAGGAACCGAGUAGAAAACGGAGCAAGUUCGAUACUACGACGGCGGAAGCCGAGAUAUUCCUCUUCGAGUACGGGACAGUCGUGAUCUGGGGGAUGACAGAGGCGCAAGAGAGACGUUUCUUGUCCUCGAUCAAGCGAUUCGAGAAUGAGCGGCUUCCUGCGGACGCGAUAGAAAUGGAGGACUUGAACUUCUAUUACGCGAACUACAGUCGUAUCUACAACGACGUGAUCACGCUUAGAAAGGGCUCCAGCUAUAUGUCAGUCCGUGGGAUUGACAAUCUCUCCAUUGCGUCUGACAUGUUGGGCAGGACGAAGCUUUCGCUGUCUCAUGCGUUGGCGCAGUCUGUCAAGAUAUCUCUAUUUGAACAGCUUAUAUCAUCUAAUAUCGAAGAGACGAAGGAUAUACCUGAGAUAAUAGCUACCAGCGGCAAAGUUGGCAUGCCUCACAAAGAAAUCAUGCAGAAAAUUGGACAGCUGUUUUUGUUGAGGACCAACAUCAACACUGUCGGAUCCGUCCUGGACUCACCGCCCUUGUACGAGGCUGCGAGGAGCUAUCUAGAGAUACCUCAGCGAAUCAACCUGCUGAAUACUCGGGUCGAAGUUCUCCAAGAUCUGCUAGAUCUGCUGAAGGAGUCUGUUUCGAGUCGGCAUUCCGAGCGGCUGGAAGAAAUCGUGAUUGCGCUGAUCGCGAUUGAAGUCGUGCUGGGCAUCGUCACUAUCAUGGUUGACUUGAUGGCUUAGGUCGCCUCCGUAUCUCCAGUAUGAGGCUGUGCAACUAAUAUGUAAUCACUCGGACUAUUUUUGCACUUACGCAGACUAAGUAAUUAGUAGGAUAAUAUGACGAGUGUUUUUUCCUGCGACCGACGGGAGCGAGCCGCGCGCUCCUCGGAGGCCCCACACGGAUCUGCCAAGAAGCAUGCAUGCGAUUGACUUGGAGUUUGACUUGUGCUCGAAGCUCAUUCACAGCACGGCGAGCCUUCUCCGAGUUGCACGCGAUCACGUGAUGAUGUUCAACCCCCGUUCCGAAAGGCGCUAUCUCGAGCCUAUAGGGUGUGGUAUAUGUUUGCGAGUCUUUUUACAGGGUAUUUGGAUCUACUAGGGGUUCGAAAAGCUUGAUCAUGGUUUAACCUCUCGCACAUGACCCUUCGCGCUCCGUGGGUCCGUGAGAACUGGAGAGGCUAUUUCUCUCUCGGCGCCUGAGGGAGAGAAAGAAAAGAAUAAAAAUCUCGUUAAUAAACUCCAGCGGCAAACCGCCGAAGGAGCUGCUCGUCAGUCGGAUUUCUUCGAUUUCGCUGGGAAUGUUUUUGGAGAUAUUCUAGGGGUACGAGCCCUGAGGACAUCAUGAAAGCCGCGCGUUUCGGAGACGAGGGUGGGAGGGGUAGCAGGAGCUUGGGGCUGCCGCUGCUGCUGGGGAACACCGCUCUGAGGGUCCCGCGGAACCUUGUCUGUGCCGCCGGGACAGGGUUGAACGUUGCCAUCAUAUCACAGCCCGCUGCCAGUGGGGACGUGGGAGAGCUCACCCGGCCGGGCUCGGACGGACGGUUAUGCUGCUGCUGCUGGUCAAUGCCUCCUCCCAAUGCCCGAUUCUCGCGGCGAGUCUUCGUAGCACGCGCGCUCCUGAACCAGCCAUCAGGAACCGGCAUGUCGAGGUAUCGUAAAUCGUCAAUGGUAUCUAGCUCAUUUAAGGUUUCUUGAUUGAAGUAGGCCGCUGGGGGAAGUAGAGUCAGUCAGCCGGUGAUCGUGCCUCGCGGAGCGAGGUGACUCGGAAGCAGGGGUGGGAGGCUCACUCAAAUGCCACUUGCGCACCAUCCCGCAUGGUCGAUCCUUCGGCAGUGUUACAAUCACGCUGUAUGUUUGUUUGUGCAGUCGCUGCAGUUUCCGGGAAACGCCGCACGCCGCUGCCCCGCGCGCAGACCGUUUCCUGGACUCGAGCAGUGAGGCGGGCUCGGACAGCACAAGCGGGCGGGCCGUGCUCACCUCAUCAUCUGCGCCCAGGGGGUCAUCGGAUUGAUCGGCUCGUCGACGGCAUCGCAGUCCUUUUGAUGGUAGAACAGGAACUCCUGGACACGUGCCUCAGUUGGAAAUGGAAGGGAAAUACGGUGAACCGCACAUCGCGGACGCCUGCGAGAUGGCUUGACGUGAGGGGGCACCACGCGCGGGAAUGAUGGGAGGCAACUCACGGCUCGGACCCCAGCCCAUCCCAUCGGUCCUAGAAGAGCGGGAAUUCGGCCUCGUUCAAUAUCAUGCCGCACAACAGGAGAAGCCUGUCUGUCACCGGGACUCACCAGCGCUCCAUCCCGAGCCCGGUCGCCUCGGAAUUCGCGUUCUCCUCCCAGACGAAGACCGUCCCCGCUGCGAUGGCGAGCCGCUCCUCCGCGUCCAGGCGACGGGUGAUCAGGGGUAGCGUGCUGCGCGCGACCGCGUAGAACACAGCGAGGGCAUCUCGUGUGCUGCGGAUCCGCACAUUGCGCAGAGUCGGCUGCUGCAUGGUUAACAAGGACUCGUG